UCGGAACUUGAUUUUGGAUUUCUUUCCGAUCCACGUUUUUUGAACACUGCCGUGACUCGUGCUCAGUCUUUGCUCGCAGUCGUCGGAGAUCCGAUGUCGCUAUGCAGUGUGGGUGCGUGCAGAGAUUUGUGGAAAGAUUAUCUCAGACGCUGCGAAGAAAAUGAAGGACUUCACGGCUGCACUCUUAAGACUGUUAUGGACUUCUGUCUUCGCUCCCAGCCCCUUGACCCGAGCGCGCAUGAAUUUACACCUAGUGUGGUUGCAAAUAAUAGAAAACAGGAUACUUCAAAAAGCACAUCCUCAAAAGGUGAAGAGAACAUUGUUGUGAGUGGAAGAACUGUUUCAGAAACUGAUAUGAAUAACGCUCCUGCAACGUCUUCAUAUGAUACCCAACCAUCCAGUUCAACUACAAUGCCCAGUCAGGACAUAAAACCAGCUUCUCAACCUGAUGUUGAUAGUCUUGAUGGGAAUGAAAGCACUGAAGUUGAUAGCGGGGGUGAUUUGCUGGGGAAUGAUGAGAACCAUGAUGAUAAUAGGGCGAUCGAUGAAGGGCAGAACGAGGACGAAGAUGACUCGGGUACAAACCAAUAUACAACAGACGAAUUCUUUCGUAGAGAUGACGAUGAUAACUAUGAUAGAAUCAUAACAGAACUUAUAAAAGCAUGUCGAGAAACGAAAGAGAAAGACGAAGACAAGCAAAAGGUGACUUCCAAUGAAUUUCCGGCACUUAAUGACGUCGACCUCUUUCCUAAAACCUCCGCCCCGAGCUGGCCUGUUAAAAGCAUUAAUCGAACCUUCUCAGCUGGUUUGAGGGACGGCAAAAUUGAAUUGGGUUUUCAUGUCAGAGAUAGCGAUCGACUCGUUCGUCUCACCGGUGGAAGGAUGACUUUCAAGGAAAGCGGUGACAGGGAAUCUUCACAUCAUGAUAUUGACGAGUUUCCAAGGGAGGAAUUGCUAAAGUUGCUUCAGGGAAAUCAAACUCGUUUUACAAAAUGCUGUUUCCGUACCGACAACAGUAGCCGGCCUCCGCGACAUUACGGUCAUCUUCCAACACCAGAUAGUCCUGAUAUUCACAUUCCCGGCCGUGCCCGAGGUGUUUACGAGGACGAUGUCGUUGUACUCGAGCUACAACCGAGGGCUACGCUGCGAAGCGGGGAUGGACGAGAACAAGAAACUUUGUAUGUUGGAUAUAUACGAGGUGUUUUGAGGCAACUCAUCAAACCUAAAGAACGCCAGUUUGUGUGCACAGUUGAUCGGGCGAAUCCUGGUAUGAUGGUACCCAUCAACAAAAACGUCCCAAGACUAAUGAAUUUUACGAAAACAGAUGAAGAAGGCAUCAUUCCCAUCUACACAAUGGAAGGCAGUAAGGUUGUUAGGGCGAGCAUCUUGAAGGGAAAGCCUUACAAUGCUGCUCUGGCUGGUGAACGUCUUUUCGUUCUGAAACUGUUGAAAUGGCGUAAAGACUGUCCCACCCCCCUUGGGUUAGCUAUACGGCAUAUUCCCCACGGUAAAGACUUCAGGACAGGCAUGGAUGUCCUCUACGAAGAGCACAAUAUUAAAAAAGAAUUUCAUAGGGAAAUACGCGAUACAGUUCAGAAAAAAUUCAGCGAGAACUGGCAGGUGCCACCGAGCGAAAGAGGCCGCCCUGCGUACCGCGAGAACGUGUUUACUAUCGAUCCACCGGAAUCUCGGGAUCUUGAUGACGCCAUCAGUCUGCGGUCUCUUGGAAACGGCAACUACGAGCUUCGCAUUCAUAUCGCCGACGUUUCGUUUUUCGUCCUGCCGAAUACGAAUCUAGACAAAGAGGCUCUGUUACGAAGUACGAGCUAUUAUCCUCCAAAACCUGACGAGAAUGUUCCGAUGCUUCCCCGAAGACUUUCCGAAAAUUGUUGUAGUCUACUGGAAGGAAAGGAUCGCCUCGUCCUUACGGUAAAAGUUGAGGUGACGUCUGAUGGGAAAGUUAUCGGUGACGCGAAAAUGGAGCGAAGCGUGAUCUGCUCGAGUUCUCGGUUGAGUUAUCUUGAAGCACAACAAAUCAUUGAUGAUUCAAGCGAAACAGACGUCGCUACCAACCUCGAGGCAAAAGAAAUACCAGUCAACGAAGCUAUCGGUAUUGUCCAUCGUUUUGCCAAAGGUUAUCGAAGAUCACGGCUGGGAUUAGAGAGAUCAAUGUACUAUCGAAAAAGUGAUGAUGAUGACGACGAUGAUGAUGAUGGUAAUGAUGAUGAUGAUGAUCAAGAUAAUGAUCAUGAAGGUGGUGGAAAUGAAAGAGAAGCUCAUCAAAUGAUCGAAGAGGUAAUGGUGUUGGCCAACCAUUUGGUAGCAAAAUAUUUGUUGAAUAGAUUCCCCGAAUGCACACCUCUUCGUGUACAACCACCAUCUAAGACGCGCAAAGUUGUUGAGUGGAAAAAACGCUUUCAAAAAUUCCUCAGCGUUUCGUUCGGGCUCGGAUGGCGGGAAGAUACGAACAGUGUCGUCCAUGAUGAGAAUAUCGAUCUCAUGGUCCCAUUCCAAACGUGGAAUGCAAUAAUGAGCGAAGUACGAAGAGGUUCGAAUCUCCAAGAUUUGGUUAAAGUUAUUUGUGAUCUUGAUCUUUUUCCUCAACUAUCGCUUGCCAACAUGCACCAACAACAAAUACAACAGCGCGGUAGUUAUAUUUGUUCAGGAGAUGAUUUUGGGAAUAUCCCAUACCCUUGGCCCAAGCAUGGAGAAGCGUCAGUGAACAUUCCGAGGGCUGCAAACAGCGAAAACAGCUCAGAAAAUCUUGAAACAAAUGCCACAAAUGGUAUACCAUCCUCGAACGCAUAUUUCGAUUCUUCGCCAAAUUUGCAAUCAGAUUCUACAAGUCUAAAGCAGGAUAAAACACCAGUCGCAGUGGAUACCACGAGCCACGAAAAUGAUGCCACGAACAGAGCAGCUCAAUGUUCAUCUGAUGCUGAUGACUUGAGGAUUGUACUGAAGGGACACUCAAGUCUUUGUCUGGACGCUUACUGUCAUUUCACCUCACCCAUCCGUCGUUAUAUAGACAUUAUUGUCCAUCGUUUGGUUGUGGCUAGCCUAGAGAGCAAACGAAACGUUAUGGAUCCCGAGGACGUUACGACCAUUUGCGACCGUUGCACGUUUCUCACCCGAAAUUCCAGUCGUUUUGACCGCGAAGCGAAGAAACUUAAACUGGCCGUAAAGUUAAAAAGCUCCUCGAAAUUUGUUUCCGCGUAUAUUGACGAAAUUACGCCCGACAGCUUGAAUUUGUUUUUUGGUCCAGGAAAAAUGGAACGGCUUCGUAACAAGUCACUCCGUAUUGCACGACUCGGACCCGAUAAAGAUCCGAAACCAGAAGGCGAUGGCAUUGCGUUGCAUUGGAAAUUCCGUCUCUUGCGCAUAGACAAGCAAGGCACGGCUCAACCCAAACCAGAUUUCCCUCACGACGAGAAAUCUCAAGAGCUUGAGAAGACCCUAGAAAAUCAAUCAGAAGAUGAAGAUCCGUCCUAUACAGACGAAGUAGCAGAUGAUGACUUUGACUACACUGUGAGUGGAAAACAAUGGAGUUCAGUUUUGGAUGCAGUCAAGAAUGAAAAUGAAGACGAGCUGAAGGCUCGCCUUAAGGAACUUGAUGAUGACGUUCAAAUACAAGCGCCUCACAGAAGUGCUACAAAAGUGUCUCUUCUGAAAAGAUUGGAAACUGACCCGGAACCAGACCCACAUGUGCGUAAUCCUUUUUAUCAGCAUCCAAAUACUGGCAAACCAGAACCGUCUGAAAAAGAAACGGACGGUUUUUACGAAGUUACCAAGUCUUUCAGGCCUUACGAACGAGUCAAGGUUCAAAUAUGUCCCCAAAUGACCAGAGGUGUCCUUUCGCCUGCCAUACAACUUUUCAAACUGACCGAUCAGAUACACGCUUGCGUUGAGCACCGAAGCUUUCCGACUACUUGCUUCGCGAAGACUUCGCACAGGCGACCGAACAAAACCGCCAAGUUUUCCGACAUCGAGAAUUACGUGAGGCUCUGGAAACCUGUCCUUAUGAUGGAAAUCGCUACGUCAGCAGUGCGGGAGAAUAACGUCAUCACUUUGUCGAAUCUUCGGGUAAAUUUUGCGCGUGUCGAAACCUCAGGCUUGGUGACGAUGAAUUUUGAUUUGUCCUUGGAAUAUUGCGAUAAUCACUUCCUCGAACCGCUAGAUUUAAACCUAUUAUGUGUCCGUGUGAAAGUUCCGGAGAAAAAAUCGGGAAAAGACGCCGGCUUCUGGGUCGGGCAUUUUCAGAUUUCCGAGGAAUUGAGGAGGAAGAAGGAUGUCAAGGGUACCCUGGAGGAAGCGUUGGAGAAGAAAAGUACCAAAGAAAGUGAAGAUCACCUCGCAGGUGAAGAUGAACCUGAAUCGACGAUAUCUGCUCCCAAAACUUCAACUCAAAAAGCAAAGAAAAUAAAUGAGAAAUUGAACUCCAAGGCAAAAUAUAAAAAGAGCGAAGAAUAUCGUCCCGUUUUGGCGCGAUUAAUACACAAUUCGUCGCCGAUUCCCGAGGCAAUAUUAGCGGAACUAUUUUGUUACGUUACAGUGGAGUUAAUAUUUUUAAACAUUCCAGACAGACGCCGUCUUGGAGCUCUCGUUGAUUCGGUUGUGGCAACUGAACUAGUUCAAAAUAUUUGUACCGGUGAAGAUACGGCAGAAUUUGAUGACGGAGGCAAACUUCCAAGUAAGGAUUUAACUUUGCCAGGCUUCAAUCCUCUGAACAGAUACCAACACCAAGCAGUUGAACAGGCUUUGACUAAAGCAUUCACCCUCAUUCAGGGUCCACCAGGUACAGGCAAAACUGUAACUGGUGUCCAUAUUGCGUAUUGGUUUGCCCAAAUGAACAAAAAACGAACGCCUUCUGUGGGAAGAGAUGGGGAAGAGUGCAAUGGUUUUAUGGUGUUCUAUUGUGGACCUUCUAACAAAUCAGUUGACGUUGUCGCUCGUUACCUCCUGAAAAUCAACGGUCUGAAAAUCUUGCGGGUUUACGGUCAAGAAAUCGAACGAAAAGUUUUUCCCGUGCCGGAGAAAAUCAUCGAGUUUCGAUCGAGGCAUGUUGCAGCUCAACUCAAGGCAGACGAAGAUCUUCAACAUGUAUCGUUACAUCAUGUUAUACGCAGUGACGAGUGUCCGUUUGCAGAAGAAUUGAGGGGUUACGAUCAAGAUUUUAAGGAACUCAUCAAAUUGAAACUGAACGCGCCUCGGAGAAUGAUACGUCAGUUCAACAAGCUUAAAGAGAAAGCGGAGAAAUGGGCCAUCACCCAGUCAGGAGUCGAAGUGAUUCUAUCCACGUGUACUUCGACGUAUAGUAACCGCAUCCUUUCGUCAUGCGAGGGUUUUGUAACUCAAUGCAUCAUUGAUGAAUGCGGCAUGUGUAUCGAGGCCGAAACGCUUUGCGGGAUGUUGGGUUCAGACGCGAAUCAGGUUGUUCUCAUUGGCGACCACAAGCAACUGCAGCCUAUCAUUCAAUGCGAAAAAGCGAAAGAUCUGGGACUAGGGAUUUCAAUGUUUGAACGCUACUCAAAAAGCGCUCAUAUGCUUGAGAUCCAGUACAGAAUGAACGAGGAACUAUGUCAGUUUCCAUCAAAGUUCUUUUACGAAGAUAAAUUGAAGACAGCGCCUGAAGUUAAGAAUCGUGAAACAGAUAAAGUCACAUGGCCAAACGGUGAUCGUUAUCCAUUUGUUUUCCAUCAUGUUGAAGGAGUCGAGGAGUCGUUAGUUGUCUCCACUGAACAAGGGAAUGAAAGAUCUCAGAAGAAUCAGAAAGAAGUUGCCAAAACUGUUUUCGUGGCUCGACGUCUUGUUGGCGAGGGAGUAGACUGUAAAAAUAUCGUUAUCUUGUCCCCAUAUCGCGCCCAAUGCUCCGAAAUAUCCAAUAAAUUGAAAGAACACGGCUUGAAAGAUAUUUUUGUAAGUUCUGUGGUCGCUGCUCAAGGAAGUGAAAGAGACUACGUCAUUUUGUCAUUGGUGCGCUCUCUUCCUUUCCGGGAAAUUGAAAGAGAUGCAUCGCGAUCAUGGCUGAAAGAACAUCUCGGAUUUUUGACGGACGAACAUCAAAUCAACGUUGCUCUGACCAGGGCUAAACGAGGCCUUUGCAUUAUUGGUAAUGCAAACUUAGUCGGUGUUUGUAGUUUGUGGCGAGCGUUGUUGGAUCAUUAUGAAAAGAAAAGUUGUUUAAUAAUGGAUGCGGAUAAAGUUUUAGGCCAUCAAGAAAACCUACGGUAUAGCUUUUCGUCUUAAAAUGACGUAUUAAGCUUCUCAGGGUUUUACUGCUGACCAGAUUGCGGAAAAAUCAAAAUGGCGGCUUCCAACUUCCAAGGCACAAUCUAUGGUUCAGAACGAAGCAUCGACGAGGUACACCGCAAUUAUUUAUACUUAAGGUCGUAGCAGGACCGCUUAUAAAGGCAAUUUUCCAUUGUACUUUUACGCCUGCGCAUGCAGGCAAAUCGAGCGUAAUGGAAGAAGCUGCCUUUUAAGGGAUGUGCAGGGUGUCCCCAAAAUGCUGGGCCGAUAACGAAACUAGAACGAUAAUUGGCUUUAGAGGUGCUUACGUCACGGGACUGUCAAACCAUAAAUUGCAAUGCAAUGUGGGAAACAUGCAGGAGAUAGAUUGAGAACUGUGUGACGUAGGCACCUCUAAGGUCUAUUGGCAAGUAUUUGUUUCUAUAAUAUCAUGAUAAUAAUCAGUUUAGCCUGACGGAUUUCUUUUGUAUGCUAUUGCACUUACAAAAGAAAUCCGUCGGCCAGAAAACUGAAACAUAGGUACCGAUAUAGUCUCGGCCCUGCCAAAGUGACAUUAUAGAAAUGAUCUCAAUUUAAAUUACACAUUUAAAGAAAUUCUAUUUUUAAACUCUGUUAAUAGACUAUUAUAUUAUAUUUUGUAUAGUUUUUAGGAAUGAGUGAUUCCGAAUUGACAAUUACUAGGGACAAUAAUUAAGCAUGUACGACGGCAAUACGACGACGCGGCUUUACGGUAAAUAUUACGGUAAAGAAUUGUUGUGUAUUAUUUAUCGUAUCGAUUGAAUGUGAAAUAUUGUUUAUGUUUGGGAACAAGAGCAUAAUUCGAGGUAGCGCUCGCUGCGUUCUGAAAUGCAGUCGUUCUACAGAAUGUAUAAAAAAAGGGCUUGACAUUCAUAUUGAUAUUAAGCACAACAGGGGUCAUCCUAAGAAAAAUUUAGAACUGCCCAUUUUAUAGCUGCUUCAAAAACCAACAUGUGUUCAUUG